AUGCUCUUUUCCCUGGCUACAAUGUCAGCAUUCCCAAUGAAUGGAGCUUUUUGUUUCUUUUGGAUUUCCUGUGUUUUCAUUUUUCCACUGGGUCAGCAAGGAACGGAAGCCUUUCAGUGUGGCGAUGGGGUCUCCUUGCCACCUGACAAUGUGUGUGACUUCACAAAUCAGUGUUCGGACAAUAGCGAUGAGCAGCAAUGCUCGAACUACGAAAGAUGUGAUUUUGAGGACGGGCUCUGCAAUAUGGAACAAGAGARUGUACAAUUUGGUUGGAAAAAGAGAAAUGGGAUAACCAGUCUAACACCACCAUUUCACGAUCACAAUGGUGAUAUGUCUGCCUACUUCCUCUCACUGGUCUCCAGAGUGGAUGGUAAUUCCUCAAACUUGAGAAGCAGACUUUUCCUUCCAACUAAGGACCAACAUGCUUGUCAGAUUAUAUUUUAUCACUUCUUGAGCCAUGUGAAUGGCAAAUUGAUGGUAGGUCUUCAAACCGAAUGUGGUGGUCCUGUUGGGAACUUAUGGCAAAGCACAGCCAAGCUCCAAAAUCGAUGGGAAAGAAAUGUCAUCAAAAUCCAGAGUUCAAAGAACUUUCAGGUUGUCUUUCAAGGUCAAAUGAUUGCAACUCAUGAACAGGAUGUAGUCAUAGCUAUUGAUGACAUAUCUUUCAGUUCAGGCUGCUUGCCUGUGCAUGAUGAAAUUUUACCAUGUCAAGAAACACUGAAUACYGAGCAGGAAUCAUGUCAUCCAGAUAUGAGUCUCUGCAGAUUUGAUUCCACAGAUGAAGAAUUGAGAAUGUGUCAGCCCUGUGAGUUUGACUUUGACUUGUGUGACUGGACAGCAGAAGCAUCUACUGGGCAAAUUUCUUGGAUGCGCACAAAAGCCAGCAAGUUCACAGCAAUAGAAUCUGCAUCUCAGCAGAACCUUACUAGCAAUGAUGAAGGUUACUUUGUGUGGGUUGGGGCCACACAUGCUUUCCCUCUUAGCCAUUUAGACAGCAGGGUUUUUUUAAACAGCUCUCUGUGUCACUGCUGGGGCAAGAGCUGCCACCUUCAAUUCUCUUACUGCAUGGAAAACGGUGUCCUGAGAGUGGGACUGUACCAUAAUGAGGAAGAAGAAAUAUUUUGGAUGUCCAAUACAUCAACUCACAGCAAAUGGGUGAAAGUAGAUGUGUUAAUACCGGAAGGUCUGAAGGCAUUUAAGAUAGUUUUUGAAGGUGUUCUUUUGAGCCAGAGAAGUUUUAUUGGGCUUGACCAGUUGUGGGUCUAUGCCUGUGGAGAGACCCUCUCCAGAAAGCUUUGUUCUGCAGAGGAAUUCACCUGUGCCAGUGGCCAGUGCAUUGCCCAAGAUUCAGUCUGUGACUCCAGACAGGACUGCUCUGAUGGGACUGAUGAAGACCCAACAACUUGCUUGAAUCRUCUCACCUGUAACUUUGAGUCUGGUUUCUGUGGCUGGGAGCCAUUUCUCACAGAAGAUUCCCACUGGGAGGUGGUGAAGGGAUUGAGCAGUGGAGAGCACCAUUUUCCAAAAGCCGAUCACAUAGAAAACACAAAUCAUGGAUCAUUUAUUUAUUUGAGGGCACAUCRAUCCCCUGGGGUGGCCAAGCUUGGAAGUCCCAUCCUCACAAAAUUGCUCACUGCCUCUACUCCAUGCCAGGUACGGUUUUGGUAUCAUUUAUCUGAGCAUUCAUCUCUCUCAGUCUUUACAAGAACAUCCCUGGAUGGAGAUUUGCAAAAGCAAGGUGAAAUGGUUGGAUUCUCUGAAUCUCAGUGGAGUCAAGCAAAAAUUGAUCUCUGUGCAAAAGCUGGUGAAUCUAGACUGCCUUUUCAGUUAAUUUUAGAAGCCACUGUUUUGUCAUCAAAUGCUUCUGUUGCUAUAGAUGACAUCAGUGUAUCCCAGGAAUGUGAAGUUUCACAUAAGCCRCUCCCAGGGGGCAGCAUACAAAAUAAAGUUUCCAGUUGUGAUUUUGAAGCAAACAGCUGCGGUUGGUUUGAAGCAAUUGCUGGUGACCAUUUUGACUGGGUAUGGAGCUCCCAAAGUCAUCUUUCUGCUGAUUUUAAGCAACAGGCGCCCCCUCAGGAUCAUACUCAUAACACAACUGAAGGCCAUUUUAUGUUUAUUCUGAAGAACAGAAACAGCUUGUCCCAAGUUGCUAAACUCCAGAGCCCAACUUUCAGCCAGACAGGGUCUGGGUGCACACUUUCUUUCUGGUUUUAUAACUAUGGCCAGUCAGUGGGAGCAGCUGAGCUGCGGUUACAUACAGAAAACCCUGGUGACUCAACAGUACUCUGGAGAGUGUUGUACAACCAGGGCAACCAGUGGUCUGAGGUGAACAUCCAGCUAGGGCGCCUGACCCAGCCCUUCUACUUGACACUGGAUAAAGUCAGUCUUGGCAUUUAUGAUGGGGUCUCRGCUAUUGAUGACAUCAGAUUUGAAAACUGUACCCUUCCUCUGCCUGCUGAGAGCUGCGAGGAGCCAGAUCACUUCCAUUGUCCACACACAAAUGCUUGCAUAGAAAGGCUUCGGUUAUGUGAUCUGGUGGAUGACUGUGGUGACUAUACUGAUGAAGUUGACUGUGCCCCUGAACUACAGUGUAACUUUGAGAAUGGAAUUUGUAACUGGGAACAAGACACAGAAGAUGACUUUGAUUGGACCAGGAACCAGGGUCCAACUUCAACCCUAAAUACCGGGCCCAUGAAGGAUAAUACUUUGGGCACAGUUAAAGGACACUAUCUCUACAUCGAAUCCUCCGAGCCACAGGAUUUCCAAAACAAGGCUGUUUUACUGAGCCCCACCUUUAAUGCCACUGACAUGGAGGGCUGUACCUUCCGCUUAUACUACCACAUGUUUGGCAAGCACAUCUACAGGCUGGCUAUCUACCAGCGGAUCUGGAGUAACUCAAGAGGACAGCUGCUAUGGCAGAUAUUUGGGGAUCAAGGCGACAGAUGGAUAAGGAAACUCCUCCACAUCUCCAGCAGGUGGCCUUUUCAGAUUUUGGUGGAGGCUUCUGUGGGUGAUGGCUUCACUGGAGAUAUUGCAAUUGAUGAUGUAUCAUUCAUGAACUGUACCCUCUACCCAGGUAAUUUGCCUGUGGACAUUCCAUCUCCACCAGAAACUUCUGUGCCAGUAACAUUACCUCCAAACAACUGCACAGACAAUGAAUUUGUCUGUAGGUCUGAUGGUCACUGUGUUGAAAAGAUUCAGAAAUGUGAUUUUAGAUAUGACUGCCCUGACAAAUCAGAUGAAUUAUCRUGUGUUAUGGAAGUUUGCACAUUUGAGAAAAAAACCUUGUGUAAAUGGUAUCUGCCAUUCCAAGAAAAUUUACACCACGAUUCAAACAUAUUCAGGUGGGGACUUGGUAAUGGAAAAAGUAUUCAUCAUGGGGAAGAAGACCACCGGCCAUCAGUAGAUCAUACAAAAAAUACCACAGAUGGCUGGUACCUGUAUGCUGACAGUUCAAAUGGGAAAUUUGGUGACCUGGCUGACAUCCUCACUCCUGUUAUUUCACUCACGGGACCAAAAUGUACCUUGCUGUUUUGGACUUACAUGAAUGGUGCCACAGUUGGGUCUCUCCAGGUACUCAUCAAGAAAGGCAAUGUGACUUCUAAAGUGUGGGCUCAAACGGGGCAGCAAGGUGCACAGUGGCGGAAAGUAGAAGUCUUUUUAGGCAUUCAUUCCUACACACAGAUUGUCUUCAGGGCAAAACGUGGUGUCAGUUACAUAGGAGAUGUUGCAGUGGAUGAUGUGUCCUUUCAAGAUUGUUCCCCCUUACUUAGCCCAGACAGAAAGUGUACUGCUGAAGAGUUCACGUGUGCAAACAAGCAGUGCAUCGCAAAGGAGAAGCUGUGUGAUUUUGUGAAUGACUGUGCUGAUAAUUCAGAUGAAACUACUUACCUUUGCCGUACUUUUAGUGGGCACUGUGAUUUUGAAUUUGACCUCUGUGCCUGGGARCAGGAUCAGGAUGAGGACUGUGACUGGAAUCUAAAACCUAGCAGCAUCCCACCUACAAGCACAGAACCGGCUGUGGACCACACCUUAGGCAAUUCAUCUGGCCAUUACAUCUUUAUAAAGAGCUAUUUUCCACAGCAACCCAUGAGGACAGCCAGACUAUCAAGCCCAGUUAUAAGUAAGAAAAGCAAAAACUGCAAGAUCAGUUUUUAUUACCACAUGUAUGGAACUGGCAUUGGGGCCCUCACCUUGAUCCAAGUAUCAGUCUCAAACCAAACGAAAGUCCUACUUAAUCUCACUGCAGAACAAGGCAAUUUCUGGCGGAAACAACAAUUAUCACUGUUUGGUGAUGAGGACUUCCAAAUCAAAUUUGAAGGUAGAGUCGGCAAAGGUCACCAUGGCAGUAUUGCACUUGAUGACAUAGUGCUUACAGAGAGCUGUAUAUCAUCUCAUUCCUCCAUGAGAGAGGAACUGCCUGUACCUCUUCCAACGGGUUACUGCCCAUAUGGCUAUCGGGAAUGUCGGAAUGGUAAAUGCUACAGAGCAGAGCAAAACUGUGAUUUUGCCGAUGAUUGUGGAGAUAAUACUGAUGAGAAUGAAUGUGGUGGCUCUUGUACUUUUGAAAGAGGCUGGUGUGGCUGGCAGAACUCCCUGGCUGAAAACUUUGAUUGGGUUUUGGGGAUUGGCUCUCAUCAAAGUCUCCGACCUCCCAGAGACCACACACUUGGAAAUGAAAAUGGGCACUUCAUGUAUCUGGAGGCUACUCCAGUGGGACUUCGGGGUGACAAAGCCCACUUCAAGAGUGCUGUAUGGCAAGAAUCCAGCAGUGCCUGCACCAUGAGCUUCUGGUAUUUCAUAUCUGCAAAAGCCACCGGGUCCAUUCAGGUUCUCAUUAAGACAGAUAAAGGACUCUCAGAAGUAUGGCAAGAAAGCAGGCAGAACCCUGGUAAUCAGUGGCAAAAAGCUGUCAUUCUGCUAGGAAAGCAGAGAAACUUUGAAGUUAUCUUUCAAGGUACCAGGACAAGGGACCUGGGAGGAGGAGCUGCAAUUGAUGAUAUUGAAUUUACAAACUGCACAACUG